CGAUGAUGCAAAGGAGGAGGGUGCUGCCGCCGGCGGUGCUGAUGGUGGCGAUCGGCGCCCGGGUGUGAUGCGAGCGUCAUGGUGGGGAUGCUGGCUUCGCGGCGGUGAGACAGCGAGCGAGCGCGAGCGCGAGCCAGGGGCGGAGGACGCCGGAAUUCGGAUCUGGCUGCUGUGUGGGCUCGGAUCUCUCUCCCCUCCCCUCUCCCCCCCCCCCCCCCCGUUCGGUUCUCGGUUGGCACACUGAAAAUCCCCCGACUCCGUCCUCUCCCGACCACUGGAAGUCUUCCCGUCUCUAAAUGGAAUUAGUGGAGAUCGGAGCCUCUGGUGUAAGGAACAGACAUGAUCUAUGGACGCAGUUUGUUUCACAUUGUAGCAAGUUUAAUCAUCUUCCAUUUGUCUGGGGCGACCAAGAAAGGAACAGAGAAGCAAACCACCUCAGAAACUCAGAAGUCAGUGCAGUGUGGGACUUGGACAAAACAUGCAGAGGGAGGUAUUUUUACCUCUCCCAACUACCCCAGCAAGUACCCCCCUGACCGAGAGUGCAUCUACAUCAUAGAAGCUGCCCCAAGACAGUGCAUUGAACUUUACUUUGAUGAAAAGUACUCUAUUGAGCCGUCUUGGGAGUGCAAAUUUGAUCAUAUUGAAGUUCGAGAUGGACCUUUCGGAUUUUCUCCAAUAAUUGGACGUUUUUGUGGACAACAAAACCCACCUGUAAUAAAAUCCAGUGGAAGAUUUCUAUGGAUUAAAUUUUUCGCUGAUGGAGAGCUGGAAUCUAUGGGAUUUUCAGCUCGAUACAAUUUCACACCUGAUCCUGACUUUAAGGACCUUGGCGUUUUGAAACCAUUACCAGCUCCAUUUCUAUAUGUUUGUUUGGCGUUUCGUUAUUUAGCAUGUGAGUUUGAGAUGGGCGGCCCAGAAGGAAUUGUGGAGUCUGUACAGAUUAUGAAGGAAGGCAAAGCUUCUGCCAGCGAGGCCGUGGAUUGCAAGUGGUACAUCCGGGCACCUCCACGAUCCAAGAUCUACCUCCGUUUCUUGGACUACGAGAUGCAGAAUUCCAAUGAAUGCAAAAGGAACUUUGUGGCCGUGUAUGAUGGGAGCAGUUCCGUGGGGGACCUCAAGGCUAAGUUCUGCAGCACCGUGGCCAAUGACGUCAUGCUCCGCACAGGUCUUGGGGUCAUCCGCAUGUGGGCCGAUGAGGGCAGUCGAAACAGCAGAUUUCAGAUGCUGUUCACAUCCUUCCAAGAACCUCCCUGUGAAGGCAAUACAUUCUUCUGCCAUAGCAACAUGUGUAUUAACAAUACACUGGUCUGCAAUGGACUCCAGAACUGUGUGUAUCCUUGGGAUGAAAAUCAUUGUAAAGAGAAGAGGAAAGCCAGCCUGCUGGACCAGCUCACCAACACCAGUGGGACUGUCAUUGGAGUGACUUCCUGCAUUGUGAUCAUCCUUAUUAUCAUUUCUGUCAUUGUGCAGAUCAAACAGCCUCGUAAAAAAUAUGUCCAAAGGAAAUCGGACUUUGACCAGACAGUUUUCCAGGAGGUGUUUGAACCUCCCCAUUAUGAGUUAUGCACUCUCAGAGGGACAGGAGCUACAGCUGACUUUGCAGAUGUGGCAGAGGACUUUGAAAACUACCACAAACUGCGGAGAUCCUCUUCCAAGUGCGUUCACGACCACCACUGUGGGUCCCACGUGUCCAGUACGAAGGGCAGCCGCAGUAACCUCAGCACAAGAGAUGCUUCUGUCUUGACGGAGAUGCCCCCACAGCCCAUCAAACCCCUCAUCCCGCCCAUGAACAGAAGAAAUAUCCUUGUCAUGAAACACAGCUACUCGCAGGAUGCCGCAGAUGCCUGUGACAUCGACGAGAUUGAGGAGGUGCCCACGACGAGUCACAGGCUGUCCCGACACGACAAAGCCGUGCAGCGGUUCUGCCUCAUUGGGUCUCUAAGCAAACAUGAAUCUGAAUACAACACAACUAGGGUCUAAAAAGAAAAUUCAAGCUAAACUCUUCAAAACACUUCAAGCCUGUCAACUAUUCUUGACUUAGGUGAAUGCAUUUCCAUGCUCUAUAUUACCUUGAUAAAUUGAUGUAUUUGUAUGCAUUUUUCAUUGGGAGAAAAUGUUUUAACUGUGUUUUAUUUUCAGAGAAGAACUAUUUGUACAAAGAUGGGGACUGUGAAAAGAAAAUUCUAUAGUGAAUUGUGAAAAGUGGACAUAUUUCUAAAUUCAUUUCCACUGCCUUUAUCCAAUCUUAAGAAUUACAGACAUUUGUUAUUCCUUCAGCAAGACAUCCCCGCUGCACAAUGAUAUGUUCAUUUCGUAAUUUGGUUGCUGGCCACCAAGUGCUCCUUAGGUUUUAAACACAUUUUGAGAUUUACUGGAAACUUGAAGAAGAAAUUAGUUCCUGAUUAAGACUAUCCCGAUUUUUAUUUUCACUGUUAGUUUCACUUUGUUUCCAUGUUGUUUUAUGUCCUCGUUAUAUGAUUGUACGUUGUGUGAUAUGUGAAAAAUACGAUUGUGGAUGAACUUUGUGUUACAUGUCCGUUGUUUUCAUUAGAUAGACUGCUUGAGAAUAGUGCGCUCCUGAGGGAUUUUGAACAUGCUACAGUUAAGAAGUGAAAAUAUGGACCAUGGACACACCAGCUAGAGGUUUUAUGGACUAUAACCAUCUAUUGUUGGAUUAUGAUUAAACGCAGCCGAAAGUCUUGAGCAAAAAUAACUACAUUGCAAUAAGAAACAUCUCACUUUUUUGUUGUUGUUCUUUCCCAAAUUCCCCCAACUUCCUUUUUGUUCUAUAUCAAAGGAAGACACUAAGUUUCAGAAAUCGUUUUUGAAAUCAGGUAUUUUACCAUUCGUACCCUUCAAUAGAAAUGUUUUUUGAUGAAGCACUUAGCAAUAUGACUGAAUUGGCAGUGUGAGAAACUAUCCUGCAUGUCAGUACUGAAUAUUUGAGUUGGAAAAAUAUCCUUUUUAUUAGACACAUUGUAAAAAGCAUGCAUUCUUGAAUACUGCUGUUACACUUCCAUUUCUUUGUGUCAUAUGCUUGCUACUUGUAACUUUUGAUAUAAAGAUAUAUAAAAAUGUAUAAUAAUUUCCUAACUUGAGUUAAGAAAAAUGUUUUCUUCUAUUAGAGUGAUAAAAAAAAAAAACACCUGACUUAACAUAAGUGCUCACUUUAUAUCAACUCUUUCUACCUGUUAGGCUAUAUAGGAUGUCUUUUAGUAUUGAGGCUUACUUCUCUAAAAUUUGAUCUCGAAAAUUUUAUGGAAUAUGUUCUUCUUUUAGAAUAGGAAAAUCUUUUUAAACGCUUUAAAAUCACAGAUCCUUCUAUGCCCCCACAUUACACCAUUCUGAGUUGCUCUCAUACUGAGACGCACAAAUACUACCUGAAAGCUUACUAAUCAUGAUGUGUUUAAUAUAAAUAAAGUAAAACCAUAUGAUAUAUUUACUUGCUGUUGAAUUAUAUACACACUCUAUAAACUUUGAUUUAGUGAAUGGGUACUUUUUAAUACUGAAUGUGUAUUCUUAGAAAAUAAACUUUAAAAAUCAGAAUUACUAUCAAUCUGCUUACCAACAUCGCCCAAACUGCUGAAUUCUAUAGGAUUCUGUCCUUUGAAUAGUAAAGCAAUCUAGUCCAUCACAGUUCAAACUUUGUGACCCAAGCAGGCUUUACAAACCCAUAGAUGACUUACUUGCAUACAUCCUUAUUAGGAAUUCAAUUUCAUAUAUGCUACAAAAACAAUUAAAUGGGAAAGAAAAUAAAACUUCAUGAUAGAAACGUUAAAGAAUUAUCAUAGCAAUUCUGAAUAAUCGAUAUUGAAAAAAAGUCAAUAUACAUAAUCACUUCCAUGCAUCUGAUAAACUAAUGAGUAGAAAAAAUUAUCGGACAUGAUAAAGAAAUGUUAUUUCUAUUGUUUUGCUACAUAUUUUAUACAUACUGCUUAUGUCAUAAUGUAGCCUUUAUUAUUUAACUUGACUGAUUUAUUUAAUCUCAGGCCAACUCUUAUGCCCUUUAAUUUAAAUGUAAUGCAUCCACAGAUUCCUAGCCAUGUUUAUGUUACUUUUUCUUUUUUAGAAAUCUUCAUAGGCCUUUUACUAUUUGAAUGAAUAAUCUCAAAAUUAUAAUAUAUAUAUAUAAUGUAUAAAUAUAUAUAUAUAUAUAUACACACAUUUAUUUAUUUAUCUCAAGACUUAUUUCUAACAGAAAACAAAGGAAAAUAAAUUAAGUGACCCACCUGCCCUGUAGCUGUCCAUAGGCAGCUCUUCCUAAAUCUGCAGAUGCUUCUGAUCUGUCGGUUCACUGCUGAAAAGAUCUUUGCACCAGAAAUCUGCUAAAGGAGGUUAGCAACAAUGAAAAGUCCAACCACACUGAGUAAAUUGGUAAAGAUGGAUUUCUUAUGUACAUUUAAGGCACAGCAGCUCCAGGGGCAAAAUACUUCUAAUGAAGAAUAGGUCUUUUCGGUGGUCAUGCUAAAGAUAUUUAAAAAUAGUUUUGACGAAUCAGAAGAGAAGGUAGUGACGAUGCUAAGGCUAGGACCUGGAGGCAUCCUGUUGGCCCUCGGAAUAACCCUGGAUGCUGGGGCUUGAGAUCGUGGGGGUCCACCAUACCUGGGAGGCCCUUGGAGGAGGCUUCUUAAAAGCCACUACUGAAAUUUAUCAGUAUAUUAAACACUUCCAUUUACUGGCAUAUCAGACCCUGUCACCUGAACAUCAACCUUCCAAUUUCAAUCGGGAGACACGUUGUAGGUAAGGAAUGAGAUGUUUCAAGACUCUCAAGAUGUUUCAAGAUGUUUCAAAUCCAGUUAUUUUAAUAAAUAAUUAUAUGUUUUGAUAAAGUGAAUUUAAAGAUUACUUACACAAGUGCUUUAUUAAUUCCGUAAGAUGUUUUCCAAAAGCAUAAUUGCACACUAUAUUAGUUAAUUUGAAAAGAGCCAUUUUCCUUUUAUUUCUUAUAUUUUUGAAUUAACUUUCAAACACCAGGAGACAUAUCCUGAUUAUAUGCAACGCCUGUGAAACCCUGCAUUCAGCCUCUUCCUUUUGUCCAAGUGCAUUUCACCUGCCUAAUUCGAGAUGGGUGUGCUGAUUGGGAAAUACUGUUUGGGGGGGCUGAUUUUAUCUACAUGCAAUUUCUAGGCAUCAUAUUGCCAGGCAGACUUAUGUAAUGUUUGAUUUUCUAUCAUUCACUUGCAUUUGCUCGGACAAUUGAAAUGUGGCUAUAAACAGAACUGUAGAUCAAUGUCACUGAACUUUUAAAGGAGAACAGUCCACAUUGUGGAAAUGCCAGCUUUUCUGUUCUGCAUUAUUUUUUCCACUAAAAAUAUUUUAAUGGGUCUGACUCCAUAAACUGCCAUUCUUGGUGUUUAAUAAAGUUAGGUCUUUGACAAAAGCUGAAUGAAUAUUCACGUAAACUGUCGCAUUAAUUUUUCUCUAUUUUUCCCUUAGGAAUUGGGUUUUUCUCAAAUUUUAUAGCUUUUUAAAAAAUCCCAUGAAUCGAUUUUCCUCAACUUCAGAAUAUCAUUAUAAAUGACAGAAUCUGAUACUGGUUCCUGUUACCUUAAUUAAAGUAAUGGCGAAUAAUUUAUUGAUGUUUUGGUGGUGAAAUAAAUGAUAGCAUUUUUAUCUUAUUAUGACGUUUGUCUAUUGCAAUGAUGAAAAUGAGUCCUGUCAGAUUCCAGCUCUGGAGGGAGGUUAAAUAAAUAAAGUCUUUAAAAUUCUCUAAAUGUAUAUGA